AUGGUGCGUGUAAAGACAAACCGAACAAGACCCGCUCCAGAGGGAUUUGACAAGGUAAAGGCGACACUGCGAGAAUUUGAAGUACAACUAAAGGAUGUGGAGAACCAAAAAGGUUCCAAGUUGAGCUCCAAGGCGGACGAAGCAUUGUGGGAUGUUCUGCGGAUAAACCACGAAAGAUCAAGAUACGUAUAUACACUUUUUUACAAAAGGAAAGCGAUCUCGAGGGAGUUGUACGACUGGCUCCUGAAGGAGAAAUAUGCUGACAAGAUGUUGAUUGCGAAGUGGAAAAAGAAGGGAUAUGAGAAGCUAUGUUGUCUAAAGUGCAUCCAGAGCAGUGAAACCUUGCACGGGAACACGUGUAUAUGCAGGGUACCUAGAUCUCAAUUGGAGAAGGACAUGGCUAAAGAUGGCAAGAGUGUGACUUUCCACCAAUGCGUUCAUUGUGGAUGUCGCGGAUGCGCCAGCACGGAUUAG